AAUAAUGAAGGGGCCAGGGAAGGAGGCCAGUGCUACGAGGGUUAUCUCCCAGCCUCAGAUGCUGGAUAAGUCGAAGGAGGCAGACUUGCUUUUGGAUGACAUUCAGAAAGGCCGGAGUGAUUAUUUGGAAGAGAAAAGCCUGCCCUAUUCUUUUCCAAGGUGCGUGAUUAUUCCCCUGGCCCGCCCGUCCACUGAUGAAUUAUUAGCGACCUGCCUUAGACAAAGGAUGUACUGGGAGCCCCACCACACCUAAAGCCACGCUUUGAAGGAUCUGCCAAGCUCACUUUUAAUCAUGAGAAAGAAAUUACCCACAUGGAGUCAGCAGAAAAUGAGAAAGUAGAGCUCGUGCUGCGAAUAAUUCCAGCAAGUGCCAAGGGGCUAGUUGAGG